UGUGACGUGUCUGCAACACGCUUCCUCCAGUAGCCACCGGCGCCGGACUCAGUGUCAGGUGUCGCUAUGUUGUCCCUGCGGCGGGCGCUGCGCUCUGUCUGCUAUCAUGUCGGAGGACGGACAGUCAGCACCGGCUGGGCCCCGGUGGGAGCCGCCUUCAAUGUCAAGCAGCACCGCAGGCUGGAUGUGCUCAGCAAGAAAACGGUGAGAGGGACAUGGACUCCAUGUGUUUACUGACCCAGUGCUGGCUGGGGGAGCACCAAGCACACCUGGCACUGAAAGGGUUCACAUUCAAAGUCAAAAUAACUUGUCUUUUCCCAAGCAAAGUUCAUGCUGACCCAAUAACAAACCAAUAAACCUUCCAGAGUAGGAUAUUCAAUACUUGUGUUUUUAAAUAAAAAAAUAAUAAUAAAAAAAUAUAUAUAUAUAUCUCUAUCCCCUCCAUAGUUGGGGUGUGUUCAUCCCAUUGUACAGUGCUACAGAAUCUGAUGGCGCUAUAUAAAUCAUAAAAAAAAAAAUAAUAAUGAUGAUCUCUAGAUUGACCUUGAACCCCCCCAGAUGGGUCAGAAAUUCACCUAAAGUCAUAUUGCGUUUGCAGUAGCCCUGACUUGAAAGCUGCUAGCCUAGCAAUGCACGUCACGCGGAAUAAGUUGGACGCUAUAUAAAUGCCAUAAAUGAUAAUACGUUGCGUUACGUCAUAGCUCUCUUUAUCAGAAAGUGGCAGAUACGUUGUCCUGCCCUGCCAAUAUUUGAACUCUAGCUGGUAAUCCCCGUUUGCUUGUGAUGGGGUUAUAUAUCCACUGCUGAUGUAGAAUUGGCUCUGCAACUCCCUUUUCAAACCAAAUCUCUCCCAUGUUCCUAACAAAGCAUGUGCAAAGCUAAUUACCAGGGAGCAUGCAUGGCGGGUCCACACACAAAAAAAACAGUUGUCCCUCAGGACCCCUGUAAUCCAGAGGGGACUAUGUCAUUGGUACUUCUCUUACUUUCACCAGGUUCCUUCUCUCAAUAAAAAGAUGGAGUGAAGUGGAUGGUCACUUUAUACUAUUUAUCGGCCAAUGUGCACCCAAAAUCCAUGAGCCAAAAUACUUUGCUGUAUACACUAUGGGGUUUAUUACACUUGGAUAAAACUAUCAUCCAGAUCCAUCAGCAGCCAUUCAGACUGCCAAAUCCGGACAUUGUUCACAUGAAUUUUCAAUGUCGGGAUUUUGCAAAGCAGCACCCUAAUAGACAUGAAUGUCCCCCGGAUUUCAGCCUGCAUGGAUGCAACCUAAUGGUUGAGAUCUUGAAAUGCUGAAAAUCCAAGACCGUAUUGGUAGAACGUGGAAUAGAAGUUUUAAAAAUGUGAACCAUUUGUCCACUAGCAGCAAUAGUAGCCAUCGUGCAAAUAGUUAGAAACAAAACAUGAGGGUUAUGUUAACCCUUUAAUGACAUUGGGGCAUUCAAUUCCAUCCUACGUAGAGUGAGCUUAAAUGCCUGUAGAGCGGCAUUGAACACCUUGCAGAUUUGGUGCCAAGGAGUCCCAGGAUUAAUGGAUACCUGGGGCUACCCUCUGUCUGCUCGGGCCAUUUAUAGUGGCCCCAGCUCUUCCAGGGGUCGGCAACCUUGGAGACUCCAGAUGUUUUGGACUACAUCUUCCACGGUGCUUUGCCUGGUUGCUAUGGUUAUAAGAACAUUAUAGGAGAUAUAGUCCUCAACAUCUGGAGUGCCAAAGGUUGCCUAUCCCAUAUGCGUUUAAAUGCCCAUAAAUAGAUUACAGUGUAAGUAGGGUCAAAUCCCGGCUCACAAUAUUAGACACUGGAAUCACUGGAUACCUGGGCCAUUUUUAACCCCUUAAGGACACAUGACGGAAAUAUUCCGUCAUGAUUCCCUUUUAUUCCAGAAGUUGUGUCCUUAAGGGGUUAAUGUAAGUCAGCACUGCAUAGACCCCUUUAAAUCCAUUCAUAAAUCAAAGUGAUUUAACUUCUAAAUGACAGAUAAUUGAGCACUGAGACUGCAGGGGCAUAAUUUAUACUCCAAAAGUAACAAACAGUUCAUUGUACAAUUACAAGAUGUCCACACACUUCGUGAAGAUAAAAUAAUCUUGAUAUUUGUGUUCGUAACUUUAACAAUGCCCAACUAAUGGGAAAAAAGUUUUAAAAAAUAUAUAUUUUCAAGAAAAAUAUUUUUUUAAAACAAAAAUGUGACCAAUAUAUUUAAAUGUUAUGAUUGUUAAAGGACCACUAUAGUGCCAGGAAAACAAACUCGUUUUCCUGGCACUAUAGUUUUAAUAGGUCCCUUCCUCCCUCAUGGCCCCCCCUCCUGCUGGGCUGAAGGGGGAGGAAUGGGUUAAAUUCUUACCUUUCUCCAGCGCCGGGCUCCCUCUCAAUGCUUUCCUAUGGACGCUGGAGUCUUCUCACUGUGGAAAUCACAGUGAGAAGCGCGGAAGCGCCCCAGCGGCCGUCAAUGAGACAGCCACUAGAGGCUGGAUUAACCCAUAUGUAAACAUUUCUCCGAAACUGCUAUGUUUACCGCAGGCAGGGUUAAUCCUAGAUGGACCUGGCACCCAGACCACUUCAUUGAGCUGAAGUGGUCUGGGUGCCUGUAGUGGUCCUUUAAGUUUGGCAAAUAUUAUAGGUAAGUAUCCUCCGGCCGUGUAUGUCAUUCAUGUUUAUUCUGUAUGUUGCAGGGUCUUUUUGGGGUUGCUGAAUUAAGCUCUCCAGAAGGAUUUCAGAGUGUUCAAGAUACCGCAUUAAAGAAAACUGAGAGCCUGCUGGAAAAAGUGUGUUCUACUCCUCCAGGAGCUGAGACUGUGAGGAUAUUUGAUCAGCUGUCUGAUGAACUUUGCAGAGUUGCAGAUCUGGUUAGUGACAAUUCACACAUAGGAUGCUUGAUUUAUUUAUUUUUUUAUUUCAAUCUAUUUUCUUGCCAUUUAAAGCAUACUCUAUUCUUUGUGACCUUGUCGUAGACCCUGGUGCCUAUGUUUUUAAAGGGAUACUCCAGGCCAGAGUGUAUUGAUAAUGCAUUGCUUAGGUGAGAAAAUAGAGGUGCAGGUGAAUUGCAUCCCGGCGCUGCCAUACUUUUCAUCAUCCAGAUCUUUAUCUGCAGUCAUGACACUAUUGUAUUUUCGCAUGCCAUUUGGAUAGAUACAUGCUUCUAAGUCCUUGUAGUAGUCCAACACUAAACAAAGUUCUUCUAUUGGCCAUUUGUACUCUACCAGUUUAGAGUAUUUGCUUGGUAUUGCAUUUCGUAGUAGAAAUGGUAAUCCAUGAUCUCCUCUUUUGUUUUACCUUUACUGCUCACAGGCUGAUUUUGUGAGAGUAGCUCAUCCUGACUCUUCAUUCAGAGAAGCAGCUGAGGACGCCUGCAGAACCAUUGGUACCAUGGUAGAGAAGUAUGUUUUUGUAUUGUAUUUAUGUGGAAUGCACAAAAUAGUACAAAAUAAAUUCCAAGUAGUUAUAGCCCCUGUGAUGUUUCUGUUAACUUUGUGUGUAAUGUAGUUAUUACUCUGUAUGUUUCAGGUUAAAUACAAACAUUGAGCUAUGCCAAAGUUUGAAGAACCUUUUAGAAAAUAAAUCUGUAAUGGAUUCAUUAGAUCCGGAAACAAGGUACAUUCUCCUUCCUCUUUUUUUAUUAUCGAUUAACUUGAUUAGUGGGUGAGUUGUGUUAAUGUGGAUACAAUUAUUAAAAAGCCUACAGAAAUGUCCACAAAUUCUUUAUAGUGAAGUGGCUGUGGAGUACUGGACUCCACAGUAAAUAGGAAACUGCGCAACAAAUAUAGUACUCAAAUUCUAGUUGUAAUACGAUGCUAGAUGUACAACUAGAAUGAAGUAUAUGUGUCUUACACAGUGCUGCUCUCUUAUCAGACGGUAUCCUUGUAUCCUUAUCCCUCCUUAUAUACAAUUUAUUACAAAAUUAAAGCGCAAAAGGGAAGAACACAUAUAUAUAUAUAUAUAUAUAUAUAUAUAUAUAUGUGUAUGUAUGUAUGUAUGUUCUUAGACCAAUAAUCUAAAAAAUACAGAAUUUUAUUUAAGUCUCGUUUGAAUCAUAGAACAUCGAAUAAAGUUUUUACAAUAUUAUUGAUAUUGCAUUAAAUACAGUGUUAAAAACAAGUAACUGGUACCACUGUUGUUUUUAAAUCGCAAGUGUGUACACUCUCCCAAAACAGAGAGGGAGAGGGUUAAAAGUGGGGAAAAAUACUGACCCAACCAAAAUAAUAAAAAAAACUGAAAGUCUAAACGCUUCUGAAACUAGACAAAAGGUGAAAAAAAUGAGAGUAAAAAUGAAAAAAAAAAAAAAAAAUGCAAGUAAAAGUCUGACCUGGAUGUGAGGAUGUGGGCUAGAUGCCAGGUGAGUCCGUCGGUCUAUUAAAAUAGAGAUGCCUUGAUAGUGUGUGUGUAGACUCUGAUGGAAUAGACAGUCGGAUGUUGGUAGAAAAUAAGAGUAUCGGGUCCACGAGCUUCCACCUUCACGUCUCUCCGGUAUGGCACACCAGAACUGCCGGAAUGAAAAUGCGGUGACUCUCUGGAUUUUCCCAUUGUAGAUACUGAUCGGUAUUUGCCAAAAUCCUACGCGUUUCGUAAGUCUUGUGCUUGUUUCUUCAGGGAAUGAUGGUGAAUACCGAGUGAUGAGGUUUCUUUUAUAGAUCCAACCUCUAAUUUCAUAUGUUAGUUUAUUUUAAUGGAUUUCAUCUGUGGAGGUGUUGUGGGUUCGAUGUAUAAUUCUUAAAAGUGCACUUUUCACACAGGAAAUUGUAAAGAUGAGGAAAUACUGCAUUCUAAAACAUAUAUUUUAUAUAUAUAUAUAUAUAUAUAUAUAUAUAUAUAUAUCUUUUUGCGAAAAUAAGAGAAAAGUAAAAAUUGGUGAAGUUGCGCUUAAACAUAUUUAUAUUUGAAAAUAGUACACAAAUGGAGAACAAACAAUAAAAAUAUAUAUAUACAUAAUCUAUGUCUUGCAGAUUAAGCUACUGCUUACUUGUUGCACGUUUCCAAUUUCUUAGUGUAUAUGUUACACUUUCCUACUAGAAUGAUACUCUGAUACUCUGUGUCUCUUUCCUGUUACGUUUAGGUUAUUUUAAUGUGAGUUCUAAAGUUCUUGAAUGUUGCUGGUUUCGUAAAGAAAGAAUGGGAGAGUGUAUUACUAGAUGCUUGAUGCGGUCUGAAAAGUACAAAUGACAAUAUAAUUACAUUAAAUGAUGAAUGUGGGGAAUUGGAAGAUGCAUCAGAAGAUAUGGGAAUAAAGAAUGUGAAGAUGGAUAUUGAUGAAAAAUAUUGGGUAGAAAAUAUAUGCAAAAAAUAAGAUUGAAAAUAAAAAUAUAGGGAAAAAUAUAUACAAAAUAUAUAGAAAUGGAAUAAAAACAAUGCAUAAUAGAUAAUGGUAAAAAUGAAAAAAAAAAAAAAAAUAUAUAUAUAUAUAUAUAUAUAUAUUAUAAAUAAAAAAUAGGAGUGGAAAAAAAAAAUGAACAUAUAAAUAAAUAUAAAUGUAGGAAAAUAUACAUAUAAAGCUAAAAUGAAAGUAAUAAUAAAUGAAAAUAAAAUAAGAAUAUUAAAUGAAUGUGAAAACAAAAAAGAUGAAAAAUACAUAUAUUAAGUAUUGAAAAAUAAAAAUGAGCAUAGAAUCUAAAGGAGUAAAUACGUGGAUAUCAAUAAUAUUGUAUAUACUUUAUUCAAUGUUAUAUGAUUCAAAUGAGACUUAACUAAAAUUCUGUAAAUUUUCACAAAAUCUCCCUAAAUCCAUCCACCCACUUACAAGCAUACUGGUAAGACCAGUAUGUGUUCUCACCUCCUCUGAGGGCCUCUCUCUUAGAUGGUUGUAGGGUGAAAUGAAUGGUACUACAUUGCAGCUUGCUAGAAACUUGGACUCCCUUUGAAAAUAAUGACAUGGCUGUAAUGGCUAAUAAGUGUCCCCUACUUCUUCGCCUGGCAGGAUAAAUGAAUCAUUUAAUUAGGGCUUGACUCCUGUCUUGAGUAGUGUUUUUAAAAAGCCAUUUAUACGCUUUUACAGUUUGCUUAAAAAAACCUGAUUUGCUUUCUCUUUAUGUGUGAAGACGGGUGGCUGAGCUGUUUUUAUUUGACUUUGAAAUAAGUGGAAUCCACUUGGAUGAAGAUAAGGUAAGCUCAUAUUAACGCAAAACAUUGUGUCCUACGCUAAUGUUGUAACAUGUCGUUAUUCCAUGUCUUCUGUAAACACAUAAACCUCACAUUCUGAAAUAUAACAAAUACAGGUUGCGCCUACAAAUUGUGUUUUAUAGAGUAGGGAAAUUAUGAAAAAAAGUCCAAGGGACGCAGUCCAGAAUUUUCACUGUCCACUAGAUGGUUUUACUUCAUACGUUGAUAUUUCAUGGGUACAUGUAAUAUGAGAGAGAGAACCAAGGGUGAAGUAUGUCUGUGGUAUUGGUAGGACACACAUCAGAAAUGAGCGGAGCUCCCAAGCAGAUCUGGAUUUAACCGUGUAUAGUGGUACAAUCCCCACUGAUGGAUGUGUUAAUGUUAUAACCUCUUCAACAGGAAAGGCAUUAAAAAAAAAAAAAAAAGUGGGGAAAAAAGAAUAGUGCUCUCUGAUGCAGUGAGUGAAUGGGAUAAAGUAGGAUAAGAGUUGUAGUCUCAUUUAAGAGAGAAGUUAAACCGUUCAGCAUUUCCAGCAUGGGGUGUAUUAUCUUCACCAAGGGUAGUGUGUUCAGCAGUCUUCAACGGAAUGUUCUUUUGAUUGAGCUAAGAAUCGCAGUGCAGGGUUUAGUGCAUUGGCUAAGAGCUAUUAUCUCUCAGCCAAUCAGCUAACAGAAUCUCCUGCUUAGGUAUUCAAAUGCCGAGGAAAGGAGCAGGUCCUGAUGAUUUUCCCAAGAUAACAAGAGUGCAUGAGGGGAAAAAAUGGUUUAGGUACUCCAGCAGUUGUUUUUUACAAGUCCUGUAGUGAUAAGCAAGCAUUCCAGCAUGGCAGAGAUUUAUGGGAACAGUGGCGCAUUUAAUGCCCAUUCUCUCCCAUAGACUGUGUAAAAGGUGCUGACUAUUUUAUUUUUUUAUUUUUUCUUGUCUGGAAUAAUUAUUACACUUAUGUGCUGUUUAACUUAGGUCCACUAGGUGGCAGUAAUCUAUAACCAAAAUAAAUAGGUCUGCCAAAUGUUGGUCCUUAUACAGAACUUGAAAGAAAAUCUGUUGUAGAAGGUUCACAAAGGGAUGUAGCCUUUUUUUGUUUUGUUUUGUCAUUAUCUUCAGAAGUAGUGUGUACAGUCUCGUUAAUGGGGUUUGCUCUUAGCUUUAUGUUAUAUACAUGCAUGUCACUUGUAAAUGUGUUUGUGUUAUCCAUAAUGUAUCGCUAUUGUACAUCUUUAUUAUAGACUAGCUAUGUUUUUUACUGGUCAUUUGAAAAAUUUGAUCAGCUGUAGUGUUGUGUGUUCGCAAAUCAGUGUUUGAUUGUCUGCAGAUACCACGUGUUCUUUGCAAUUUUGUUUUUUUUUAUCUGCAACUGUCAAUGAGGAAUUAAAAUUUGUAAAACAAUUAAUAAAAGUGUAAUUCUUCAAUUUCAGCG